AUGGAAAUUAGCGCAGGUGAGUGGGAAAGCAAAGCUAGAGCCAACAUUACUAAAUAUGUACACAGAGGUGGUGAAUGUAAGGGAGACGACCCGCAGCUCAUUGGGGGGAGCGACUUCUUAAACACGAUCGGUAUCGCUAUGGGCCUGCCGACCAGCGACCCCGACCACUGGACCAAGUACGAAAGAGAACAAGCGUCAAAAGGAGAACUCGUCUUUUACGAAGGAAAAUCUCGUGAGGCGAUCGAUGUCGUGGCGAAACAAAUAAGGUCCUGCUGUGGAGGAGAUGACAAAAAUUUUAUUACCGUUCUUCCAAUCGAACUCUAUUACAAUGGAAAACUAUACGAACUACCACUGUUCAGAAUCAAACGUUACAAAGACUCACAGAACUAUUACGUCGAUAACGUCGGACGCUGCUACGGUAGUUAUGAUAACUGGUACAAUUUCAACAAGUUGCCACCCGGCGAGAUGGCCUAUCCUGCGAACCUACGGCUGUCUUUGAACUCCCACACCAAACAGGCGUACGUGGUGUUCAGUGACACACCGAGCUCCAGACUGGACGCCCAGGCCGCCCGCGGGGUGGACACGGUGGCGGCGGUGGCGGGGCUCGCGUCCUCCGCCGCGCUGCUGUUCGUGUCGGGCGGACUCGCCGCGCCCCUCGUGGCCACGUCGCUGGUGACGGCCGGCUGGGGCACCUCGCGCGCCACCUACCAGAUAGCGGAGAGAGCCGCGCACGGGGAGAGCGUCAACCCCUUCACUAACUCAGAGUCGCGCAUGUUAUGGCUGGGCGUGGCCGCCAGCCUCACCAGCUUCGGGGCGAUGGGAGCCUCUAUGAGGCUGUCGUCUCUGGCGGCGCGCGGCCGGGAGAUAUCGAACGCUUUCAAGUUAGUCACCGACAUCGCUAACGGAGCGAACGUCGCCAUUAGCGGGUUAGCGAUUUUGAACACUUCGAUUUUCAUGUAUCAACAUCGGGAUGAUUUAACGGCUGCAGAUGUUCUGAUGUACGGCGCCUCUGUAGCCUUCUGGUCGAAAGGGGUGUUCUGUUACAAAUCGGCGAAUACAAUAAUUAAAGAGUCUCAAAACUAUGCUUUCGCUCAUAUUAAUAAACAAUUGAACCAAGAUCAGGCUUCUGAAAUGAACCAAGUCCGCAGUAGGUUCGGUGAUGACCCCGCCUUAUUGAGAAAAUUUAUCGGGGCCAUGGAAAAGAAUAUAAGCGUUAAAGACUAUUCGCAAAUUUUAAUAGACGGGAUGAAGUAUGCCGAUAUAGUGUCCAGUCUCAACGACGACCAGAUCCAAGCGUUCGAUAGUUUCCGCAACCAUCUCCGGGACGAUAUUAAAUUAAUAAGCGGAAUAAGAAAAAUAUCCGAACAUUACAACAUAAAUCCUGGCGAAACCAUCGAAAACAUUAUCAACCUGUGGCAGGGGUCCGGCGGGUCGUCUCAGAUAGUACCGAUAGCCUCCGACACGAUGCUCAAGGAUGGAAAUUUGAUAUUAGGAAGAGCUCCUCCUAUUAAAAUAACAGACCUGCCGCAACUCACGCCUCCCAUGAUCCGCUUCCUCGGUGACCUGAGUCAGAUGGACGUGGCCGCCAGCGCGCAGUGGUCCAGCGCGGUGCCCAUCCUGCUGACCCUCCAGAGCCGCGGGUUGUUCACGACUUGUCCCGUCGUGAGGGUCGUGGCCGGCGGUAACGCUGUCGUGUCUCUCAACAGCGUCCUCGACGUCAGUAUCCACAAACUCUACUCCAUACCCGAUGACGACUGCAAAACGAUGCUUCAUCUGAUUGGUAACAUGUCACCUACAGUCUCCAGUGACCAAAUCACCGGUGAAGUAAGAACCCUGUGUAUAGUCAAAUAUAGGUUGCGGUUUGAAUGUCAGAGAAACGAAAGCGUCACUUCGAUCACUAAGAUUCUAGAGAGUCACAAGACAUUGCAAAAUUUGGUCAAAUCAAAUCUACAAAGCCACGAAAAAGAUAGAUUAUAUACGUAUGCAAGCACGAUAUCUUUGAACAAAGCAGACAUUUACAUGAACGAGAUGUUGACCUUCGUCGCUGAACUGAAACCAACCAACGUGAGUGAACUGGUCGCCUACAGCGAGUACGUGAUGAACACGGUCCAAGAGGAAUGUGUGGCCAUUAAAAUGGACAUUAAGAACGGGAAAAUUGUACUUCCCAAAAAUACUAAACUCUCCGUGUGGACUCGUCAAGAGGCGUGUAGACGAGUGUUCGGUGACCGCGCGCGGCUCGUCUUUAAAUACAGGGAGACUCUGAAGAUGGUGAGAGAGAACGGCAUGGUGGGGGAGACGCGGCUCGGACUCGGACUGAGCGACGACGAGCUCCUACACGCGCUCAGGGGGGCGCAGCUGAGGUUCGGCAGCGAGCCCAGCGCGGUGUACCACAGCCUGAAACACGCCACGGAGCCGCCGCACGAGUACGUGAAGAAGGCCAACGAGACCGUGCGCAGCGGCCGGGCGCGGGUCACGCUCGCCCAGGACGGCCGCGCGAGGCUGGUCUCCGUGGACGACGGCCGCUGGACCGCCUACCUGCUGGAGGACGGCGGCCGAGCGCUGCUCGCCUCCUACAUGCACAACAAGUAG